AUGUCACCUAUAACAAUCCGCCCAGCAACGCCUGAAGACAUCCCCCAAAUGCUCGCCGUCUUCUUCUCCGCAUUCUCUUCCUCGCCUCUAAACAAGCGUUGCUUCCCCCCAUCAUCUCCUGAUGUCCAAGCCUUCCAAGCUUCAUUUCUCCAAACCAACAUCGAUGACAAGGAUGACAAUUUCAUGCUCGUCGCAGAGGACGAUUCUAAAAUCCUCGGCUGGGCGCGCUGGGCUCGUAGAGAAAACCCACCAUUGUCGGCGAAGCAGGUCGACCCUUCUACGUUUCCUGCUUCGGGAGACCAAGCGACCGCGGCGGAUUUCUUCCAGAGAAAUGCUGAUGAGACUUUCAAACACGUCGCUGGUGAGAGGCAUUGGUUCCUAAGCACGAUUGCCACUGCAAAAGAAGCACAGCGACGGGGCGUAGGAUCUGCGCUCAUGAGGUUCGGUGUUGAGAGAGCCGACCGAGAAGGUUGGAUGUCUUAUCUAAAUAGCUCUGGCGAAGGAAGGGGCUUGUAUGAGAAGUUUGGGUUCAAGGUCGCUGGAACGAGUGAGUUCCCUGAUCUGGGCAUGACGCAGUAUCAUAUGAAGAGAGAGGCAGUUCAGAAUUGA